GAUCCGAUAUUUUUGUGCUUGAUCAAAAUUUCCAAAUUAUAUGCAACAAAAUCCGAUCGAAAUGCAAGUAAAUUUCCAAUGGGAUCUAAUUUUAACCGGUAUUUGGUAUGGUAAGAAAAUCAUUAAAAUAGUUGCAGAAAAUCAUGGCCUUUUUUUGUCACCAAUCUUUUUUCCUUUGCUGUAACCUCCCUCUUCCUCAAUCCUCCCAUUCUUUCUCUCUUCAAUUGAUUGUGACGCAAUAACAAAAUCUCUCAAAUCGAGGAUCUAAUCCAAUUUUACAUCACCCCCUCAUCCGAUUUCAUGAUUCUAUCAUUACCCACUUCCACUUUUUCCCUUCUUCCUCCUAUUUUCCCCACCAUUUUAGCUCCAGAUCUGCUGCUCAUUGCUCUUUCUUUGAUCCACUUUUUGUAAUCACCCCAUUUUGGAUUCUUAUUUUUCGCUUCAGUCUUCAGUUCUAAUCGACUUUUUUUUUGUUGGAUUUUAAUCAGAAUAUGUGGGUUCAGUAAAUUUUUCCCAAAAAACGAAAAAAAUUUCAUUUUGAAGAUGCCUCUGCUUGGAGCAAGCUUGGGGAAAAAGCUUUUUUCUUGUUUUUGAAUCUUGUAAAUUUGCUUUCUGAAUUUUAAUUCUAAAGGAAAUGGCAACUCAAGUUGAGCCUCCGAAUGGGGUUAGAUGCCCAGGGAAGCAUUAUUUUUCAAUGUGGCAAGCUUUGUUUGAGAUUGACACAAAAUAUGUGCCUAUUAAACCGAUUGGGCGAGGCGCUUACGGAGUUGUUUGUUCAUCCAUAAACAAGGAAACAAAUGAGAAAGUGGCUAUUAAGAAGAUUCAUAACGCGUUUGAGAAUCGUGUUGAUGCGUUAAGAACAUUGCGCGAAUUGAAACUUCUUCGACAUCUUAGGCACGAAAAUGUUAUUGCUUUAAAGGAUGUGAUGUUACCUGCUCAUCCAAAGAAUUUCAAGGAUGUUUAUUUGGUGUAUGAACUUAUGGACACUGAUCUUCAUCAGAUUAUAAAGUCCUCUCAGGCACUUUCUAAUGAUCAUUGUCAAUACUUUUUGUUUCAGUUGUUGAGAGGUCUAAAAUAUCUUCACUCAGCAAACAUCCUUCAUCGUGAUCUGAAGCCUGGUAACCUUCUUAUAAACGCAAAUUGCGAUCUGAAAAUUUGCGAUUUUGGAUUGGCUCGUACAAGUAGUGGCAAGGGCCAAUUCAUGACGGAAUAUGUGGUAACACGGUGGUACAGAGCACCCGAACUCUUAUUGUGCUGUGAUAAGUACGGAACUUCAAUUGACGUUUGGUCUGUUGGUUGCAUUUUUGCUGAACUUCUUGGCCGUAAACCAUUGUUCCCUGGUACCGAGUGUCUGAACCAGCUAAAAUUAAUCAUCAAUAUCCUCGGUAGCCAAAGAGAUCCCGAUCUUGAAUUUAUUGACAACCCGAAAGCCAAGAAGUUUAUACUCUCACUUCCUUAUUCUCCUGGCACCCCGUUGUCUCGUCUUUACCCGACUGCUCAUCCAUUAGCCAUAGACUUGCUGCAAAAGAUGCUGGUUUUCGAUCCCACAAAGAGAAUCAGUGUUACUGAUGCACUCCAACAUCCAUAUAUGUCUGCGCUCUAUGACCCUCGAGCAAACCCUCCCGCUCAAUUUCCAAUCGAUCUUGAAAUCGAUGAAGAUUUAGACGAAGAAAUGAUCAGGGAAUCGAUGUGGAAGGAGAUUAUGCAUUACCAUCCCGAAGCUGUCAACGCUAAUAUGGACGUAUGCGUUUAAGCUCUUUCUUUAUCGUCUAGUAUGGUGCAUGACGCCUAUGAAAAAUAUUUAUUUUCACUAGGGGCUAGAGGUUAAGCCUUAUCACCAUAACUAGUUUCUAUAAUAAGUUUUUACCUACCUUAAUGAUCUUGUGUAAACAUGCUAUAUGAUAGUUUGAGCUAUUGAUGCAUGUGUCUAGAGACUCGAGACUAAUCUUUAGCGUGUAGAGCACAUUAUGUGUUGCGUUUUUGUUAGUGUUUGUAUAGCGAGGCUUAGUAUCGGGGCCUUUGUACCCCCUUAUCACUCGCUAGUCGCUACUAUGUUGCAAUGUGAUUGUACAUACAUGUUUCCGUUAUAAUUUUGUUUUCGCGGUCCCUUUCUUUCGAACAUUUCAUUGUAGAUUAAGAUGCAAGUCUAACUUUGUAUUAAUAUAUGAUAUCUUUUUAAUUGAA